AUGGUUACUUUAUGUGGACCACUCGUGGACAUGCUCAUAGAUUUCGUCCACUUGAAUAGAUGGAGGAUGAUUGUGAAAAGAAGACAUAUUUAUCGACGUCGUGAAACAUCUCGAUAUGCUGCACGUGAUCGUCGUGGACAAGAAUCAGAUAUCUUCGAUGAUAUCAGAGAUACGAUACCAAUCGUUAAUGAGGCAACUGUUGCGCAGGUAGAUCGAAGUGCUUUAUUACGAGUGGCGUCAACUUUUUGUAGACUUCGGGAAAUCGUGAAACACGUUCUAAAACCUUCUUAUGAGGAAGCAUGUCAGUAUUCGCGUUUUGAAAAUAUAUUAUUAGACUGCUUAGAUGGGUUCCUCGCAAUUGUUGAUGACGACGACACUAUUUUAUACAUUAGCGAAAGCGUCUCUGUGUUCCUUGGAUUUACUCAAACCGAUCUCGCGGGGCAGUUAUUCAAAAGUUUCAUCCACAUUGAUGAUUAUGAUACAUAUCGAACUUGUUAUCUUAAGAAUGUUAAUUAUGAAGUAGGACAAACUUUUACAAUACGAAUGAAAUCAGUAAUUAGUCCUCGAGGCAGAAAUCUUAACUUCAAGAGCGCUCAGUUCAAGCCAGUUUCUUGUAAUGUACGUUCUGUAUCUGUUGGCUAUUGCAAUGUUCGCAUUAUACUAGUUACCACACUACCAGCAGGUCAAGGUAAUUUUGUAACUGCGUUCUCAAAGAAUAUUAACAGAUACAAGGAAAUCCAUACUACGCGGCAUAACUUAGAUAUGAAGUUUAUAUUCAUCAGUCACAGUUUCGAUCUCAUUUUGUCUGGAAAGUCAAACUCUUUACUAGGUACUUCGUUCUACAGUCUGGUUUAUCCAACGGAUCUUCAGGCAGUAGUUACUUCAGUUCGUGAAUUGUUUUCAAAAGGUCAUACCAAAACAUCUUACUAUCGUCUCAUUGGUGCCAACAAAUCGGUAUUAUGGGUACAAACAGAAGCGACAAUUACUAGUCGCUUGAAAAAAAACCAAAGAACGAGUCAUGUCUUCUGUACACAUACUGUAAUAGGAUGGCAUCCUUUUUAA